UCAAUGCGUAUCUGUCAUCUACUACUGGUAUGCAAUAUGCAUGUUAUGUUCAACUUCAAGUACCGCUUUCCAUUAUUCCUGAUUCCAUUUCCACCCUUGCCAAACUGCGGGCACAAGUCCCAAGGCAACCCCCAUGGUAUAUAUAGAUUUAACGCCAGGGGUGAACAUGGAAUUGGAUCAUGCAGCUGCUUCCAGUUUCUCUCUCUAAAACUCGCAAAAGCGAAUUACUGAAACCCUAGCCUCUGUUUCUGUGUUUAUUUACUUCGAUUCUACGCAUCGAAUUCAAUUCUCUGUGAUCUGAACCCGUGAAAUCAAUGUGCCUCUUUCGGAAUCGCAGAGCGAGCAACGGUGACCGCCAUCAUCAUCGAUGAAGCGAUCGGGUCGGUGGCAGAGGACUCUGAUCCUCGCUCUUCUCUUUCUCUCCCUCGUUGCUCCGCUCGUUUACGUCUCUCACCUCCUCAACACUCUCACUUCCGACGGACGACGAGAUUUUCUUGAUGAUUUAUCGAGUUUUACACAUAGGUCAGAUCCUUUAAAUGCAAUUGAACAGGAAGGUGCUGAAGAAUUAGAAGAGCCAAAGGAAAUUGUUUAUAAAGAAGAAGAUUUUGAUUCAACAAAUAGUUACAUUUUGCAAAAGACUAAUGAUACUGCGGCAUCUAAAAGUGAGGGGUACAGAAAUAACACUUUGGAAAGAAAUGUUUCAGAAUUCGACCAGGACAAAAAACAAGGCCAGGAAGCUCAGCAAAAAGGAUUAUUCUCCAUGGACGGGGAUGUGAAUGUAUUUAAUACAACUGUCACACUUAAGCAGAAUAUGCACACUCAGUCUCAAAGAAUGACAGAUGUGAAUGUUGAAGUGAUAGAUAAGAAAUCUAGUCCAAAAGCAAUCCAACAUCGUCAGAGUUCACGCUCUCAGUCUCAGAGAGUGACAAAUCAGAAGGUUUUGGAGAUUAAGGAUCAAAUUAUUAGAGCCAGAGCAUACUUGGGGUUUGCUCCUCCAGGCAGCAACUCACACUUGAUGAAGGAGUUGAAGCUGAGAAUUAAAGAGAUGGAACGUGCUGUUGGAGAAGCUACUAAGGAUUCAGAUCUGUCAAGGAGUGCUUUGCAGAAAAUGAGACACAUGGAGGCUUCACUGUCUAAAGCCAACCGUGCUUUCCCAGACUGCACUGCUAUGGCAGCUAAGCUCCGUGCAAUGAAUCAUAAUGCUGAAGAGCAAGUUCGUUCUCAUCAACACGAAGGAACAUAUCUUAUUCAUCUUGCUGCAAGGACCACCCCAAAAGGUCUUCACUGUCUUUCUAUGCAGCUAACUGCUGAUUACUUUGCCCUGAAACCCGAGGACCGGAAGCUUCCAAAUGAAAACAAGAUUCAUGAUCCAAAACUUUAUCAUUAUGCUGUCUUCUCUGACAAUCUUCUGGCAUGUGCUGUGGUUGUUAACUCCACUGUCUCUAAUGCCAAGAAAAAGGAGAAACUUGUUUUCCAUGUAGUGACCAAUUCACUCAACUUUCCUGCAAUCUGGAUGUGGUUCUUAUUAAACCCUCCUGGCAAAGCCACAGUCCACAUACAAAGCAUAGAGAACUUUGAAUGGUUGCCCAUGUACAAUACAUUCAACAAACAUAAUUCUAGUGAUCCAAGAUAUACUUCUGAGUUGAACUACCUGCGUUUCUACCUGCCAGAUAUCUUCCCUACUCUAAAUAAGAUUCUGCUCUUUGAUCACGAUGUGGUGGUGCAACAAGAUCUCAGUGGACUAUGGAAUGCCAAUUUGAAAGGAAAAGUAAUUGCAGCAGUGGGCACCUGUCAGGAAGGUGGAACCUCAUUUCAUAGGAUGGAUAUGCUCAUAAACUUCUCAGAUCCAUUCAUUGCAGAGAGGUUUGAUGCCAAUGCUUGCACAUGGGCAUUUGGGAUGAACUUGUUUGAUUUACAACAGUGGAGGAGACAUAAUUUAACCGCUCUCUAUCACAGAUAUUUGCAAAUGGGUUCCAAGAGGCCGUUGUGGAACAUUGGAAGUCUGCCUUUAGGCUGGCUCACUUUCUAUAACAAGACUAAGGUUUUGGACAGACGGUGGCACAUUCUUGGCCUUGGUUAUGACUCAGGUGUCGAUAAAAACGAGAUUGAAGGGGCUGCCGUUAUACACUACGAUGGAAUUAGGAAACCAUGGUUGGACAUUGCAAUGGGAAGAUACAGAAGUUAUUGGACCAAAUAUAUGAACUUUGACCUCCCUAUUUUGCAACGUUGCAAUCUCCAGGCGUAGCCCAAAAUUCAAAUAUUAUUACUCUACCUGGCUGGUUUUAUUUGAUUAAUUUGUUGGCACAUUAAUUGCCUGCUUCAGUCGAUUCUUUAUUGUUCUUUGGCGAUUCUUCUUGUAAAGCCCUUCAUAGAUGCAUAGAAUUUCCUACAUAUAUCUUUUUAGAAGCUUAGCUAAUUUGUAGUGACAUUCAGAUGAAAUAAGACUCGCAUAGGUAUUUUAGCUGCUUGGAGAAACCAUUAUUUGUUGUGUACAUAAUUCAUUCCCGUGCUCUCUUAGGUCGUGCUGCCUCUGAUUACUAUCAAUUUACACCAAUUGCUAGCGGACUGGAAAUUAAAGUUAAAUUUUAUUUUGAGGAACUAAUUUAUACAAAAUUGUGGAAAUGACGGUUGCGAUUUGAAUUGUAAGUUGUAACGUUAAUUAUGCCGUGUGAUCAUUUUUCUUGUUGUAAGAAGCUUGAAGUCAGUUGGAUUCAUGUAUUA